AUGACGUCCCGUAGUUACACAAAAUCUUACAGUCGUAAGGUCAGCAGUGUGACGCCUGGGAGUAUUCAAUUCGAUAAGCUUUUUAGAGAAAAUAGCAAUCGACCUUCUGCCGCUAAAUCAGCAGGCACUGUUGGAAAAUGGGGUAUAACAUCUUUCACGUCUAUCAGAAGCACAAAUAUCAAUGGAAGGAGAGAUGAUAUUCAUAAUACAUUCGGUGCAAAAAGAAUAAAACUUGAUUAUGGAAAUCAGAAUUCUCGUGUUAAUUCUGGGAAAGAUCCAUUUUCAUUUGAAACUGAUCCAGACAAUAAGCCUGAUGUUGCACCACCGGUUGUUAAACCUAAGAAGUUUUUUAAGAGUAGAAAUGUUCCACCUGCGAUAGAAGAAUCUCGCCAGGAUGUGGCAAUAUACAAACAAGUACCUGAUUCACAUUAUGGACGAGCUCGUCCUCAGAAAACUACUCCACAGCCACCACCAAAACAAUCUUUAACAAAAGUGUCAAAUGCUCCAGCUAAAAAAAUACCAGAGACUAUAGAAGGAACCAAUAAUGAUAUGACACCUAGUAGAGAAGAAGGAAAACCUCCUAUUGUAUUAAGAAUAUGUAAAGGUACAGCACGGUUAGUGUGUGGAAGUGUUCAAGCUACUCAAGAUGCUGAACCUGAAACAUACAGAAUUUCAACACCACUUAUGAGUCCCACAAAAGUAGAUAUCGAACGUAAGAAUACUAAUACAGAUGCACUUAAAACUGAUCAUAAAACAGUUCGUUCCCAUCAACCUAUUAUCUCUACAGUUUCAAUACCCUUAGAAAAUUCGGAAAUGAGAAGAACUACUCGUAGUCGAGCAAAAAAUUUGCAUUUAGAUUUAACAUCUUCUGUUGUAUCUGCAACACCAGUAACUCCUAAUUCGCAUAGUUCUGGUCUUUCUUUAACCCUUAGAAAAUCUGUUACUGAUUCCAAUAACACCUUAAUAUCACAUUAUGAUAUUGUUAAGACUGAUUGUGGUUCAACAUAUGCCUGUAAACCAGCAAUUGAACCAUUAAUUGGGCGUGAUCAACCACUGCCAACUACAACUCAAGAACUGAUUGAUAUAUUAUCAAGUGAUUCUGAUCCUAUGCAAACAAGACCAAUAAUAAUAAAUGCACCAGAAACUGAAGAAACUGCUGGAGUUGUUCCAGAUGAAGUUCAACAUUGUUCUAUAGAUAUUCCAACAAAUGAAGUAAUAUCUGAACCUACUUCACAGUCUGAAUCUACUUUACAAUCUGAAACAGUUAUUGCUCCAGAACCAGAACCAGAACCGGAACCAGAACCAGAACAAGAGUUGGAGCCUGAACCAGAACCAGAAAUGGAGCCAGAACCAGAACCUGAUCACGAGACAGAAAAUGAACAACCACCUCGAACUAGUGAUAACGACACAGCCACAGCUAAAGCCUUAGUCGAUCAAGAUUGGUUUUCUGGAAGUGAUGAUAGUGAAGGUGUAAGUGGUAAUGCAGAAAGUGAUGUGGCAUUACAUGUAACAAGUACAGUUACAGAGUCUCAACCACAAAAUACUCCAUCUGCAACUUCUGUUCAAAAACCUGCUACCAAAAAGGGUAGUAUUUUUAAGAGUCGUUCAACAGGUGCAACGAAUGGAAAUAAAAGAAGAGCUCUGUACAAACAUAAAUGGUGUGAUAGUGACAAAGAAUCUAAUAGUACGGAUACUGUUACUGUUGGAAAUAAUACACCAACUACUGCUUCAGGAUCCCAUAGUAGUACAGGGCCUGUAGCAUACGAAGAAGAAUUUGAUCCUUCACAGCUUACAAGAGUUGUAACAUAUCCUGAAGCUGUUGCAGGUUUUGAAGAUGAAUCUGAUGCUAUAACUAGUGUGCGUUGUGGCAAAAAAGUUAAGGGUUUCUACACUGUAGUAAAGAAUGUGAAAAAAGCUCAUCAAAUUCAAGAAAGUGGAGAGUUUCAAGAGUUUAAUGAUGAUGUUGAAUAUAUAUUAGACACUUUAAGAGAGAACAAUCCAAAUGCUACUCGUUGUCUUUCAGCCAUACGAUUAGCAAGCAAGUGUAUGGCACCUGCAUUUCGAAUGCAUGUACGUGCUCAUGGAACUGUUGCUAAGUUUUUCAAAGCACUUCAUGAUGCAACUAAAGAUCAGAGCCUUGCUUUAUGUACAGCAACAGUAAUGUUUGUACUAAGUCAAGACCGUUUAGCUAUGGACUUAGAUCGUGAUUGCUUGGAAUUAAUGUUAAGUUUGUUAGAAUCUGAUGCCAGUCACAAAGAUGCACUUGAUGAUUGUGGCCUUAGUCGGGCUGAAUUGUUAAAAAAUAAAGAAAAAGUGCGUCAAUUGUGCGCUGACAUUCAAGCUCAAGGACAUGCGAAACAUCUAAAUCUUGAUAACAUAACUGUUGGCCAACUUGCUAUGGAGACACUUCUUAGUCUUACAUCAAAACGUGCUGGUGAAUGGUUUAAAGAAGAACUUAGAGAAUUGGGAGGAUUAGAACACAUUGUUAAAACAAUCAGGGAUUGUCACCGUCAUAUUAAUGCUCAGGAUAUUACAAGGUCUGGUUGGUCAGAUCCUUUAUUAGAUAAAUUACGUAAAGUUGAUAGAUGUCUACGUGUAUUAGAAAAUGUUACUCACAUGAAUGAGGAAAAUCAAGUAUAUUUAUUGAAAUACGAGAACGGAGUUUUAGUCAACACAUUAGCAAAUUUGUACCAUCUUUGUGGACAAGAAAUUCCUAUUUAUCCAACCAUAGAUCCGAGUGAUAAGACUUCUACUGGUGCUGUUAUUAGAGAGUGUCUGUUCGCUAUUAUUAAGGUUCUCAUUAAUCUUACACAUCGAUUUAAUAGACAAUCUUUUGGAAGUAAAUCGGUAGGAUCGCAAACAGGUGUUUUGGAUUGCAGUCUAUAUCUCUUGUUACGUGUUCCGGAGUCACUUCCCGAGGAAAAACGUUUCGACAUGAUGAUGUUGGCUUUGAUUUUAUUAAUAAAUUUAGUGGAACAGUGUGAUGAUAAUAAACAACUUCUUAUCGAUUCUAAAGCUCCUCCAUCACCAGAAAAUAUUUUUGACGCAUCUGAAGAAAGUGGAGUGGAAUCUUUAAUCGAUCUUUUUUACAAACAAGAGGAAUUAGCUCGUGCUGAAGAACAGAAGACAGAUGCUAUUUUAGACGGGAAAAAAGAUUCUGAACAAACAGAGACCGUAUCGACUACAACUAAAUCUCAAGAAGAAUUUAUUGAAGAAACUGUUACAAAAUUAUUACAAAAGGCAGGACGUCAUAUGGAACAUACUUUAAUAGGAGCGUAUGUAGUACUCUUACUUGGUUACUUAAUAAUGGAUAAUAAGGAUUAUGAAUCGUUGGUACGCAGUAGACUUCCAGAUAAUAAUUUUACUGCUAUGGUGUCUGUACUUCAGAAAUUUUUCAAUUUCAUGAAUCUAACGGCAUCGAAUGAAGUAAGUAGUUGCGGAAUCGCUGCUACUGAAAAGGUGAUUAAGUUCCUAAAGAUGUCGGAUGCCAGAGUUGAAGAAGAGAAGAAUGAACUACCAUUACCAGCAUUAGAAGAUCCAAACAUAAUGCUUGAUUUAUCUUCGUCUUGAUUGAUGUCUUCUACAAAUAUUUGACAUUUUUUAUUAUCCUGGCAUACAAAGAAAGCCAAAGUUAUACGUGUCCAACGAAGGGAAUUCUUUCUAUCGCAGUAUGAAUGGACCUGUUUCAUAUUGACCAUAUAUUUUGAUAUAUAUUUAUUCAUUUACGUAAUUUAUUGCUGUACCUUUCAUUAAAUUGACUUAUUUUCCCCCUAGUAGCAGUAAUACGUUAGAUUUUAAGCGUAAAUUGUUAAUUAAUCGCGCAGGAAACUAAUACUAUAAGAAACGCGCUUUGUAAUUACGCAUACAGCUUACUUAAGUUCUUUGCUGGCGUGUAUGUAUUAUUAUGAUACCAAUUGAUCCGUAAAUCAAUCCUUUUUAUUUUUUUUUUCUUUCAAAUUUUUUAUCUGGCAAGAACAAGAACGUGAGGUGUAACCAGCUUGUCAGAUUUUAAUUUGUUUGCUGUAAAAUAACGCAUAAAUGAAAAAUUUUACUGAUUACGUUUAAAACUUGAAUUUAAUCUACCUUGUAAGUUCUUAAUUACGUAAUUGGCGAGGUGUUGGAGUUCGUCAUAACCCGAUUAAAAUUUUGAGAUAGCAUUAUUAUGUAAGUUUAUUUUAAUAUUAAAGAUUAUACUAUAAGCCUUGUAAAUGAAACUUUAUAAAUUAUAAUUGUAUCUUAAAUUCACAGUUUCGAGUUAUUGGAUCCCAUUAGCAGGCGUAUAAUUUCGCGAACACUUCGAAUAAUGUGUUCUGCCUGAUAAAGUAAGGGAAAGAAUGAGAGAUAUAUUACAUUGUUAUGUAUAUGCAAUAAAUUAGCUUGGAACACUAUAGAUCUGUA